ACUUCCAUGAUGCACAUGCUUUCAUCGUGUUAACAGUUCAAGUGCACGACAGCUGCGGUAGAUCCUCUCCAUAAGGAAAUGAGAAGCUUCGAAGUCAUCAGGAAACAUGGACUAUGCUAGUAACAUCCUCCAAGCUAUUUGGGAUAUUUUCCCGUGUGGACGUCGCCGCCGACUACCACAAAAGCCUGCUUCCCCAACGUUAACUACACUUCCUCAUUCUUCUGGAAACUCUUUAAAAAGUCGUACCUCGUUUGACUCGUCCCAGACACUCUCUCCAACAUCGAUAACAUUUUCAACAGCACCUCAUGUCGCUAUACCAUUUCCCGAGACUAAAUACAUUACUUCCUCACAAUUCCUACGUGAGGCGUGUCCCGAUGUGCAUGCCCAGUGCAAAGAGAUAUUACAUUCCUCGAUCUGUGUCCCCUUGGAUGAUAUCAUUCCUCAGAGGAACGGCUUUGUCCACACGGUUUUGGAGUGUUAUAAUAAUCACCGCGCGCUGAUAAUUCGUCCUGAUGACGUUUGGCUUGCUAUCCUGACACAGUUCAGCUGCCUCGUUAAUGGCAACGCGGAAGCGCAGAGGGCAUUAUUUUGCCUUCAUGAUGGGGAAAAAGAACUGUCAAUAUGUUUGAAGACAAAGGAGGGUGGAGUAGACAUGGAAGGUGUAGUUCACUCAUUCGUUGGAGCCAUGACGGAGGAGAUACAAAAAAACAUCAUUGAUCCAGAGCUUCGUCAAUGGAUCCUCCCGGCCUUUUCAACCACCACUGCCACAGACAUUGCCAUUGGUGGAAUGAUGAUGAUGGCGACAGUGAAAAAAUACUUCUCUUACCACAUCAUGUUUUUAUGUGGGAUUCCUCAGGUCACACUCGAAGGAGAGAAACGUGACUGGGAGUAUCUCCUUAAUAGGUUGGAGAAGAUCAAGGAGUUUGGACCUGAAGCAGUUGCAUGGUACCAUCUCCUGCACCCCAUACUAUCCAGAUUUGUCAAGGCAUUUGAUGAUCCUAGCAGUCCUGAAAAUUAUGAUUUCUGGAGCAAAGUUGCAAACUUUGAGAAGUUUGGGAGUGGCCCAACUUGGCUGUCUGGGUGGAUAACCGCAUUCAUGGUUUUCGAUGAAAAGGGAUGUUGGAAGGCCGAUGAAAGCAAGAUGCAAGAUGGGGUGUUGAUACUGGAUGGAGUGUCCUACCCUCUUCUCGACAGCGAUGAAGUCCCAAGUGGCUAUGCACAAGUUGACGUGAUGCUUCAAUUGAAGGAAGGCGGAAAGAAUUAUCUUACAUGCUUGGUCGCAGGAUCUGUUGGUACGAGGAUCUGUUCAAGUGGAGAUAAGGUGUUGUCUGGUACAGGAAAAAGAGACGCCGCAAGGCCUACUCCAGCAUGGUGGUGGGUAAUGAAAAAGGACAAAGGGGACGAGAUUACUUCAGACCCCCAGAAUGUUGAUUCGAAAUCGGAGGACGCAGAAAAGUUCAACUUGGCUUUUGGGUUAAAUAGAGAAGGAUCGUUGUGGUGCUGA